AUGGGUCAGUUACUCAAAUUAUUUUUUUUAUUAUCAUUACCAUUUUUGGUGAUUUUUAAUAUCACUACAGCACAAAGUAAUUCUUCAAUUGAAGUUACAGAUGUUACGGAUUUUCCUGUCGCAAUAACAACUGAAUUAAUUACAACAGAUAAAAAUGAUGAUAUAAAAUUAAUUAAUAAUGAAGAAAUAUCUGUUACAACACAAUCUAUAGAAAUUAAUAAUACUACAAAUAAAAAUAUUUCUGAGGAAGAAAAAAUUUCAGGUUCAAAAGACUUGUUUGAAGAAAAAGAGAUUGAAUUGUUUGCCCAAUCUAGUACAGAAGUUAUUAAAAAAUCUAAACAAAAUGAAAUUAGGAUUAAUUUUGAUGACUUAGAUAAAGAAGAUUAUCAUGAUGCGGUUGAAAAUAUGAAACCAGCGGAAGUUGAUGAUGAGGUUAUUGAUGAGUUAGUAAAUAAAUUUUUAAACACUGGAAGUAUAACUGGAGGAGAGACUAAAGAAAAACCAGCAUUUAUUAAUAAAAAUUUUAUCAAAUUAAUUAAUUCAUCUGAUUAUUGGAAAUUAGAUAAUAUUAAAGAAGAAUUUAGUAUUAAUGAUGAAAAAGAAGCUGAAAAAUGGGUUGAAGGAUAUAAUAAAGAAGCUCAAAAAGUUUUAAAAGAAGUUUCAUUAGCUGGUUGGAAUUAUUUUGUUGGUGUUACACCAACAACUAAACAAUCAUUAAGUGAAGCAGAAGAAGUUUUAGGUUAUUUCUUAUCAUCAACAUCAAAACAAGCAAAACAAUUUAAUGUUAAAAAUAUUAAAGAUUCUCUUGUUGCAAAACAAUUACGAUUAAUAAGUGUAGAAGGAGUUAAAGCACUUGGUGAAAAUAAAUCAUUAGAACAUGAUAUGAUUUUAGCUGAAAUUAACAAAAUAUUUGUUAAUACAGAUAUAUGUGAUGGUAAAGAUAUUCAACAUUGUAUUUAUAAAGUUACUGAUUUAUCAUCUAUCAUUCCACAAGAAGAUAAUGUAAAUAGAUUAACAAAAUUAUGGAAAUCAUUUCGUGAUAAAGCUGCAAAUUCUACAAGAAAUAAUUAUAUUAAACUUGUUCAUAUAUUAAAUGAUAGUGCAAAGGCCGCUGGUUUUUCAAAUACAGCUGCUAUGUGGAAUUCUCCAUUUGAUUUAUCGACAAGAGAUACACCACCAGAGAUUAAUAUAAUGAAUGAAGUACAAAAUGUUCAAAAUAAAUUAAUGCCAUUAUAUAAAGAAAUUCAUACGUAUAUAAGACAUUACUUACCCGUUAUUUAUCAAAAUGCCACAGAUAUAACUAGAGAUGGGCCAAUUCCAGGGCACUUACUUAAAUCAUAUAAUGGUGAUGACUGGUCUGCAUUUUAUGAUACAGCUAAGCCAUUUGAUGAUAUAGAAGAUAUUGAAAGUGAAAUAAUGAAUGCUUUACAUGCACAAAAUAUAACAGUUAAAGGAAUGUUUACAAAAGCAUAUAGAUAUUUUAAAUAUUUAGGUUUUGAAAAAGCACCAUCAAGUGUAUGGUCAAAAUCUGUAUUUACAAGAAUGUGGUCUAGAAGUAUGAUAUGUAAUCCAUCAACAUCAAUUGAUAUGAAUGAUGGUAUUGAUUAUAGAAUAAAGACAUGUGAAAUAUUAGGAAUUAAAGGAUUUAAACAAGCACAUAAACUUAUUGCUGAUAUGUAUUAUCAAUUUGAAUCUAAAGAUCAACCACUUUUAUUACAUGAUGCUCCAAAUCCUUCAUUUAAAUCAGCAUUGUCAAAUGCUAUUAGUAUUGCAGCAGGUAAUACUGAUUAUUUAAAAUCACUUAAAUUAUUACCUGAAAAUUAUGUUAUAUCUGAAAAUGCUAAAAUUAAUAGUUUAUUUAAAGAAGCAAUUGAAGAAUUUGUUAAACUUCCAUCAUAUCUUAUUGUUGAUUUAUUUAGACAAGAAAUAUUUGAAGAUACAUUAUCACCAGAAGAAUGGAAUGAAGAAUGGUGGAGAUUACGUACAAAUCUUCAAGGAAUAAAAUCACCAUUAAAAGAUGAGAAAAAUGAUAAUGAUGUUCUUGUUAAUACAUAUGUUACACAAAAACAUUCUCCAGCUAUUAGAUAUAUAAUAUCAUACGUUAUUCAAUUCCAAAUUUUAAGAGCAUUAUGUCCAGAUACACCAUCUAAUAUGUUAUUUAAUGGAUGUGUUUUGGAUAAAGAUAUUAUGAGUAAAAUUGAAAUUAUUAUGAAAGAAGGAGCAACAAUAGAUUAUUUAACUGCAUUAGAAAUGAUUACAGGAGAUAGAAAAUUUGAUGCUACACCAAUUAUUGAAUAUUUUUCACCACUUUAUGAUUGGUUAAAAAAAUAUAAUGAAGAAAAAGGUUUAUAUGUUGGAUGGGAUGGUAAAGGUGAAAAAUUUAAUGAAUCUGAAUUACCUAAAGUAGAAGUUGUUCAAACAGGUGUAGCUAGAAAUGAAUUUGGAAAUGAAGGUAAAAUUGCUUAUCCAGGUCAAGAUUGUAGUAAAGGAGAAGAUUGUCUUUUGGAAUCUAUUUGUAAUGGUACAAGAUGUAUUUGUGGAGAGGGUCUCUUUACUUUAGAAGUUGCUGGAACAUAUUCAUGUGUAAAAGGAAAUCCUAGUAAAGCAGGUUUUGGUGAUGGAAGUGGUGGUCUAUUAAUUGGUCUUUUUGAACAAUCAUCUUCAACUACUACACUUUCUCCAUCAACGACCUCAAUAUCACAUGAAAAUAGAUCAACUAAAUCAACUAUAUCAAAAGAAAAUAAAGGUUCAAAAAAUAUUUUUAAUUAUUUUUUGGUAGUCUUUCUUAUUACAUUUUAUUUAUUCCGAAACUAA